CGCCACACUCGAUCUUCGUUUUAUAAAGGUUUCCUUUGUUGCAGUCGACGUCUGGCAGUUCCAGCAUCAGCAUCAUCGGUCACUCGGCUAUUGAUAUUCGAUAUUCGAUAUUUGAUUAUAUUUUUCUUCUAAACGAUCUCUUUGAGUUUCAUUCACUCAAAAUGUUAGGCAUACGCAGUGUGGUCUUUGUUCUGCUGAUCGUUAUUUUGGCUAUCGUUUUGGUAGUCGCUAAACAGGAGAGUUCAUCGCGUCAAUUUGGUGGCCAGAAUUUUGGCAAUGGCCUGGGUGGUCCCUCAUUUGGUUCCGGAGCUGGUUUCGGUGGCCCGGGACCCGUCGUUGCCGGAUAUCCGGGACAGGGCUAUGGGCCACCGGCAGCACUACCGCAGCAGCCGCCCGGCGGUGGUGGUUGCCCGCUGUGCGAUUCGUCGGUUUAUUCAUAUUGCUCCCACAAGAUGGUGCACGAUGCCUGUUGCUGUGAUUUUCCAGGCGGUGCCCCACAGUUGAGACCGCCCCAGUGUUUGUACUACGACUGCUCGCUGCUAUAUGCCAAAUCCUGUUACGAGCACGCCCUCAUCAAGAACUGCUGCUGCAAUAAUCCCUACUGAGGUGGAGAGUACGGGAGAGCCGAAUGCCGAUUGCCGAUUGCCGAGUGAUUUGUUUGCACUUUUGCCUUAAUUUAUUUAUUCAAUCGAUUUAAAAUGACACGCCCGCCCGCUAGCUGUGGGCAGCUUAAUUUUUAAAUCAAAUUCCCGCGAAAUGCAACAUUAAAUUAAGUAAAUUAUUUGAAAACCAGAAACGAAUGCUGUUCGCUUUGAUUACUGUCUAAAUGGGGGAAACUGAGGCGGCCCACCUGCGAGUGUUUUAAUUGAGUUUUUAUAAUUAGCAAAGAAAAAUAUAAAAUUUAUUAAAUGUUUAAUGUUAAUUUAUAUUGAUUUAAGAACUGCAAGAAAAGGGAAAUCAAUAUUUGAAAUGGAAGAAAAGUUAUCUUUAUUUUUGUUUUCUGCUUAAUUUUAAAUAUAAUAAAAAUCAAACAUAAAGCAUAUUUAGCCUAGCCUGCCCCCCACUUGACCUAACCAACUAACUAACUUCAUAAUUUCAUAAAUAAAUAUUUUCAAACUACAUUUACAACUCUGCGAUUAUCAUUAAAGCCUUGUUUUAAUGAGCUUAACAAAAUGCCGAGCCAGCCAUUACAUUUGGCUGCCAAAAACUUUAGCCCUGUUUUUUUUUUUUUUUUUUUUGGGCAAAACAUGAUUUAAUUUCUGUUUUGUUUCUUUUUUUUCGGUCUAAGCCGUAAAUUAAAUACAUUCUGCAGCUGCAUUGGUGGGCUGCUAGCUGCUAGCUUGCUUGUUCGCCGGGAUUAUGAGGCAUUAAAAAUGUGUUCAAUUAAUUCAUGGCUUUUGUUUUCAUUUCACCUACUCGCUGUGGCUGCUGUUGCUGUUGCUGCCUCAUUUAUCAAUUGUCGCAGUUCCACUGGCUUACCUCCCUCCCCACCACCCUUUCCCUUUUCAGCGAUAUAUAGAUAUAUUAGCAUAAUGAAUGUUUUCUCUCCAGAUUAAUUGAUUUUUAAUACGCAGCCAUAAUCGGCGCACGAAAUACGCAUCUACAUCCGAUAUG